AUUUAGCAACUGAGUGUGACACACGAGGUCUGCAGCGAGCUGGUCCAACUCGCUAGGCAUAAGUACAAGAAGAGAUGGAGUUCGGAUUCAGGGACGAUUGGGCAUCGGUCUGGUCCAGUCCCGUGCCUGCUCUUGCGAGACCCUUGGGCUUGGAUGACUCCCUUCUUGUUACCUCCUGCGUAUCAUUCUAUUUUUACAGAUUUACCAUUGUUGAAUGGUGUUUUUGUGGGGUGCAUGGUCACUACAGCAAGAACCUAAACCUCUUGGGCGCUUACUCUUUCUCAAAUCUUUCAGAUCGUUGCCGAGACACCAGCAUGAAUCCACAUGUGAUAGAAGGACACUUUUCCUAUUCAUGUCAGCAGGCCACACUUCAUAUCACAAAAUUAACGGAUUUUUUUUUUCUUAUCUCUAUCCUAUUCUUGGAGCUGCAAGCCGAUUUGAAUUAAAAAUCACCCUAAACGUAUACAAAUUAUUCGCGAGUUCUACUUUUGAUUUAUAAUGUUCGAUAAAAUUUUGCGGCUCGAAAACUUUAACUAACAUAUGCAAUUACCUAAAAUCUAUAUAUAACAUAUAAUAUUAUUGCUUUGAAAUUUUGGAGGGAAAGAAGUAGAAGUAACGAGUCAAGCAGGAAAAUAUAAAGGCAAAAAUUCACAUUACGUUGAAGUUGAAGGACUAAAAUGAAAUAUAUCAAAUUUCUCCAUCCAAAAAGGGGAAAGAAAACAGAGAGGCCCCUCGCUUAUCUUCUUUCCUGGCCAACGUCAUCUUCUCCUUCUCCCACAGCUCCAUCGUCGAGCUGAGAAGGAACUCGCGCAGAGAGAUAUGGACAGCUACAAGCUCUUCUCUCCCUCCUCAUCCGCGCCUUCUCUCUCGGCUUUCCUCUCCCCUCGCCCAAACACCCUCCGCCAUCUUCCCUCACUUCCAUGCAAACGGUCCUUCGUCUCAGCCUCCCUCCUCCACUCUCAGCAACCGCAAAAGCCACCUCCCCUGCCCCCCGCCGUGGAGGCCUUCUGGGAGUGGCUCCGCCGCGAGGGCGUCGUCUCCCUCAAGACCCCGGCGAAGCCCGCGGUCGUCCCGGAGGGCCUGGGGCUCGUCGCCCAGAGAGACAUUGCCCGGAACGAGGUCGUCCUGGAGGUGCCCAAGAAGUUGUGGAUAAACCCAGAGGCGGUGGCUGGCUCGGAGAUUGGGAAGGUGUGCGGGGGGUUGAAGCCGUGGGUGUCCGUGGCUCUGUUCUUGAUCCGAGAGAAGCUGAGGGACGACUCGCCGUGGCGGGUCUACCUUGAUGUCCUCCCAGAGUCCACCGAUUCCACUGUAUUUUGGUCAGAAGAGGAGCUAGCUGAGCUGAAAGGAUCUCAGCUAUUGAGCACUACAUUAGGUGUGAAAGAGUAUGUGGGUAGUGAAUUCCAGAAGUUGGAACAAGAGAUUAUAUUACCUAACAGGCAGCUCUUCCCUUCUCGUAUAACAUUGGAUGACUUCCUCUGGGCAUUUGGGAUCCUCAGAUCAAGGGCAUUUUCAAGACUUCGUGGCCAAAACCUUGUGUUGAUCCCCCUUGCGGAUUUGAUUAAUCACAGUCCGAGUAUCAUCACAGAAGAUUAUGCAUAUGAAAUCAAAGGUGCUGGUCUUUUUUCAAGGGAGCUGUUAUUUUCUUUGAGGAGCCCUGUGUCUGUCAAAGCUGGUGAACAGGUUCUGAUUCAGUAUGAUUUGAAUAAGAGCAAUGCUGAAUUGGCUCUGGAUUAUGGGUUCAUAGAAUCAAACUCAGAGCGCAACUCGUAUACGUUAACACUGCAAAUAUCCGAGUUGGAUCAAUUUUUUGGAGACAAGCUAGAUAUAGCCGAGUCAAAUGGUCUGGGGGAGACUGCAUCUUUUGAUAUAGUUUCGGGUCAACCUCUUCCACCAACAAUGCUUCCGUAUUUGCGGCUAGUAGCUCUAGGAGGAACAGAUGCUUUCCUCCUGGAAUCCCUUUUCAGGAACACAAUAUGGGGCCACCUGCAAUUGCCUGUGAGUCGGGCCAAUGAGGAGCUAAUAUGUCAUGUUAUUCGAGAUGCUUGCAGAUCUGCACUUUCUGGUUAUCAUACCACAGUCGAAGAGGAUGAGAAGCUUGCAGAAAAAGGGGAUCUUGCUCGUAGGCUAGAGAUUGCAGUCGGUGUUAGAGCUGGGGAGAAGAAGGUGCUGCAGCAAAUUGACAAUGCAUUCAAGGAUAGAGAAAUGGAAUUAGAUGAGUUGGAAUACUACCAAGAAAGAAGGCUCAGAGAUCUUGGUCUCGUUGGCGAGCAAGGCGACAUCAUUUUUUGGGAGAAGUGAGAGUGAAACAUUAUGUGCACUCCUGUGGGAUCCUGGUCUAAUACGACAGAAAGCAAGAGAGCAAUGUUGUUUGCUGCAUUUGGCUCUUCUUACUCUCCAAACCAAAUUCGGACAAUGACGGAGAAAGCACAACCAGAAACGUGAUAUCUCGCUUCGUUUCCUUGCAACGAUUAUGUUAACAAGACUUUACUUUGCAUGGCUUUCGCUCCAUCAUCCUUUUGCCAUCUUGUCUACCCUGACCGACUUCCACCUGCCUGGGCUCUGUCAAUUGUGCAAGGUCGACACGAGCGAGGUUCUAUGCAUUCAACACGCAGCUGAUUAUAGACGUUCUGGGGCCAUGUCUAAUGUCUGUUGCUGUAGUUAGAUCGCUGCACUGACCAUCUGAUAUGGCUGUUCCAAGGCGCAGCCCUGGUGCUGUACCAUCAUUCUGUGUUUUACUGAACUCUCAGUUUGAUAAGA